AUGACACUAUACGACACCCGCCAACUCGCCGAAGUCAAAAAAGACCUGCCGCUAUCGCUGACCUCCCGACGCAAAAUGAAUCGCAGAGUAAAAGAUGUAAUAUCACCUAUUGUUUUUGAAGCAUCGUACAGCCUUGGAGAGCAUGUCAUUGGGAAAGAAGAGAGAGUCUUGCCUGCUCUUAAACCUAUACUCCGCUGGAAAAAGGGGCAAAAAAUAGCCCAAAGAAAUCAGACAUUCUUUGAAAGGAAUUGUCGCUCUGAUGACUGUCCUGCUGAUUUACACCUAAAAGGCCAACUACUGCUGUCAAGUUUUGACUCAAAAACUGAGUAUUUGGCAUUGGGAGCUGUGAAGAACAUUUCCCUUAAUAUCACAAUCUCCAAUAAAGGAGAUGAUGCUUAUGACACGAAUGUCUUCUUCAAUUUUUCAAAAGAGCUGUACUUUAUAAAAAUGUGGCAAGAGGAGGAGCAGGGCAUUGCCUGUGAAUUGCUGGAUGAAGACUAUCUCAAGUGCAGUGUGGGGUUUCCAUUCAUGAGGUCCAGGACUAAGUAUGACUUCAGUGUGAUCUUUGAUACCAGUCACCUGUCCGGAGAGGAUGAUAUUCUUCAAUUCCUGGCCACUGCACAAAGCGGAAACAUUGAACGGGCAGAGUCCUUACAUGACAACACCCUUAUUCUAACCGUGCCUCUGAAGCAUGAAGUGGACUCAUCAGUUACGGGGACUGUGUCUCCUUCCUCUUUUGUGUAUGGCGAUACAAUUGAUGCUUCUAACUUCAUCCACCUUCAAGAUAUGGAAUGUGACUUCCAACCUCUCAACUUCACAUUUCAGGUUUACAAUGCUGGGCCAAGUGCACUCCAUGAAUCUUUUGUUGAAAUUGGUUUUCCUAAUCGUUUUUCUUCUACUGGAGCUGAAAUGUUCUUUAUUCAAGAUAUUGUGAUUGGUCAAGAAAAAUCACAGUGUACAUUCAAGAAAAAUCCAGCACCAUGUGUGAUCCCACAAGAGAAAGAGAACAUUUUUCACACUAUAUUUGCCUUCUUUACAAAGUCAGGUCGUAAGGUGUUGGAUUGUCAGAAAUCUGCAUAUCCAUGCUUGGACAUAGAAUGUAAACUAAUGCCAUUGGCUAAAGAUGAGACUCGAAACAUUGAUAUUCUUAUGCUGCUAAAUACAGAAAUAUUAAAAAAGGACAGUUCCUCAGUAAUCCAGUUUGUAACAAGAGCCACAGUAAAACUAGAACCUGAUUCAAGGUUGCAGACAAUAGAAGUACCACACGGAAACCCGCAAGAUUCAACGGUGGUUUUUGAGGCCUUACAUAAUCUUGAGCCACGUGGUUAUGUGGUCGGCUGGAUCAUUGCCAUUAGCUUACUGUUUGGGAUCCUUAUAUUCUUGCUUUUGGCUGUGCUACUAUGGAAGAUGGGAUUCUUCCGUAGAAGGUACAAAGAAAUUAUUGAGGCAGAGAAGAAUCGGAAAGAGUAUGACGAAAGUUGGGACUGGGUCCAAAAAAAUCAGUGAGCGGCAUAUGCCAUUCUUGUCACCAGACACCCAUUUGCUAGCUGAUUGGCUCUGCUCUUGUAUCUUCCAUAUGUGGAAGAGAAAAAUCUUCUCCAGAUUUUCCGGAGGCUCCUGGAUGCUGUUUAUUCCUUUAUCAAGCUGACUAGCAAAGAAGAGUGUGUCCUGAGGCAACCACUGAAGCUAGAUGAAGUGAUUGGAGCAAUACCAUUUCCUCUGCCAAGAUAAACUCUGACCAUCAUGCUGCAGUGAAUAGCAAUAUUUAUAAAUCCAUCAUUUUUAUAUGGUAUAUCUUCAGGGGAAGGCCUGUUUCCUAGAAAUUAUUUUUUUUUAUAAAUGUACAACUUUUAUAUUGGUUGUCUUUAUAUGUGAUGAUAUGAUGUAAGGAAUAGAUGUACA